GGUCCCAGGGCAGUGUAGGAGCUGAGCCGGGUUGGCUGGGUCGCCACUGUGAGAAGCACUAUGAGGUUCCUCCUGGCCGCCUUGCUGUCCCUGUCCCUCGGGGAUCUUGGACUGUGUCUGGCUGCCCCUAAGGGGAGCGUGCGAUGGUGCGCCAUAUCUACCGAUGAGGCUGCGAAGUGCUCCAGGUUGCAGAGGAAUAUGAAGAAAGUGGGGGGCCCUCCUGUCUCCUGCACCAAGAGAGGCUCCUACCAAGACUGUCUCCAGGCCAUUGCCGCAAACAAGGCCGAUGCUAUCACCCUGGACGGUGGGCAGCUGUAUGAGGCGGGGCUGCCCCCCUACAACCUGCGGCCUGUGGCGGCGGAAGUGUAUGGCACGGAAGCGGAACCCCGGACGAACUAUUUUGCUGUGGCUGUGGUCAAGAGGAGCAGCAACGUCCGGCUGGACCAGUUGAGGGGCCUGCGGUCCUGCCACACCGGCAUUCGCAGGACCGCUGGGUGGAGGGUCCCCAUAGGGCUGCUCCGUCCGUUCUUGAACUGGGCAGGACCCCCAGAGCCCAUUGAGGCAGCUGUGGCCAGGUUCUUCUCGGCCAGCUGUGUUCCCGGCGCGGAUGGAGUACGGUUUCCCAACCUGUGUAGCCUGUGUGCAGGGACCGGGACAAAUAAAUGCGCCUUCUCCACCCAGGAACCCUACUUCGGCUACUCCGGGGCCUUUAAGUGUCUGAGAGAUGGGGUUGGAGAUGUGGCGUUCAUCAAGGCGAGCACAGUGUUUGAGGACCUGCCAGACAAGGCCCAGCGAGACCAGUACAAGUUGCUUUGCCCAGACAACACCUGGAGGCCAGUGGACGAGUACAAGCAGUGCCACCUGGCCCGUGUCCCUUCUCACGCUGUCGUGGCCCGCAGUGUGAAUGGCAAGGAGGACUUGAUCUGGAAGUUUCUCCGCCAGGCGCAGGAAAAGUUUGGAAGAAACAAGUCGUCGGCCUUCCAGCUCUUCGGCUCGCCCCCUGGGAAGAAGGACUUGCUGUUCAAGGACUCCUCCCUCGGCUUUGUGAGGGUUCCUGAGAAGAUAGAUGCUGGGCUGUACCUGGGCUUUGGCUACCUCUCGUCCAUCCGGAACAUGGAGGAAAAGGAGGCGGAUGUGGAGGCCCGGCGCUCGCGGGUUGUGUGGUGUGCGGUCGGGCCCGAGGAGAAGAGCAAGUGUGACCGCUGGAGCAGCGUGAGCAGCGGCAGAGUGACCUGCGCCUUGGCCCGCACCGCGGAAGACUGCAUCCUGCUCACCAUGAAAGGAGAGGCGGACGCCAUGAGCCUGGACGGAGGGCUCAUCUACACCGCGGGCAAGUGUGGCCUGGUGCCCGUCCUGGCAGAGAACCAGAGAUCCCAAGAAAACCCAGGCUCUGACUGCGUGAACAGACCCCCGGAAGGAUACUAUGCUGUGGCGGCGGUUCGGACGUCGGACACCGGCCUCACCUGGAACACUCUGCGGGGCAAGAAGUCCUGCCACACAGCCUUGGGCAGGACCGCAGGCUGGAUCAUCCCCAUGGGCCUGCUCUUCAACCAGACCGGCUCCUGCAGAUUCGGUGACUUCUUCAGUCAGAGCUGCGUCCCGGGUGCCCCGCCCGCGUCCCGCCUGUGUGCCCUGUGUGUGGGCAACGACAGGGGCGAGAACAAGUGUGUGCCCAACAGCCAGGAGCGCUACUUCGGCUACUCGGGUGCCUUCCGGUGCCUGGCUGAGAGGGCAGGAGAUGUUGCAUUUUUGAAAGAUUCCACCGUCUUGCAGAACACAGACGGGAAGAGCUCUGAACCCUGGGCCAGGAACUUGAACCUGGAGGACUUCCGGCUGCUGUGCCUCGAUGGCACCCGGAAGCGUGUGACGGAGGCUCAGAGCUGCCACCUGGCCGUGGCCCCAAAUCACGCUGUUGUGUCUCGGAAAGAUAAGGCGGAACUCCUCGAACAGGUGCUGCUCGACCAACAGACUCGGUUUGGAAGAAACGGAUCCAGGUGCCCAGGAGAGUUUUGCCUGUUCCAGUCUGAAACCAAAAACCUCCUGUUCAAUGACAACACGGAGUGCCUGGCCAGACUCCACGGCAAAACAACCUAUGAGGCGUACUUGGGACGGGAGUACGUCACCGCCACCGCGAAUGUCAAGCGGUGCUCCACCUCCUCAAUCCUGGAAGCCUGCGCUUUCCUCAGCCAGUGAACCCUAUGGAGAAGCCCACUGUCCCUGGUGUGCCCUCCACACGUGCCUCAAACCUGACCCGUCUCGCUGAGCCUGCAUCCUCCUCACCAAGGAUGAGGCUCCUGGUCCCUCUGCUCUCACAGCUCCCUGCUGCCAUUUUAGGAAGAAAUAAACUUUCUGAGCUGAGAAA